AUUGUGGGAAGCGUUUCAUUGUUUGUCGUCCAGACCCCCGCCUUGUGAGAGUGUAGUUUAAAUGAAAAGGGCUGGGUUUUGAAAAUGACAGGCUCUAAAUCGCCUGGAAGUGGUGCGAAGGUAGCUUUGUGCAACUUUUGGCAGGAACCGGGGUUAGCAGGACCUCGACGGUUCACGGCAACGAGGAGGACGCUGGUAGACUGGGUCGACAGCCAGGAGACGUCUCUAUGGUCAGGUGAACAUAGAGCGGUUCCUCGCUUCCUCACGUGGUGGGACUACGCAUGAGCAGUAGCCGCAGCAUUGGAAAGAUGGCGGAGGAAGAGCAAAGAAGAAAGAUCCCUUUGGUUCCAGAAAAUCUCCUGAAAAAGAGGAAGGCUUAUCAGGCCCUCAAAGCCACCCAGGCAAAGCAGGCACUUUUGCAACGGAAGGAGGUAAUGGUGGGGAACCAGGAGGAAGGAAUUAAAAUUUGUAUUUGUCCAAACCUGAAGUCUGUCCGAGAACUCAUCUUGAAACGUGGACAAGCCAAAGUCAAGAAUAAAAUUAUCCCUUUGACAGACAACACAGUGAUUGAGGAACAUCUGGGGAAGUUUGGUGUCAUUUGCUUGGAAGACCUCAUUCAUGAAAUUGCCUUCCCGGGGAAGAAUUUCCAGGCGAUCUCAAGGUUCUUGUGCCCUUUCCAUCUCUCAGUUGCCCGUCACGCUACCAAGAAUAGAGUGGGCUUCCUCAAGGAAGUGGGCUCACCUGGCUAUCGAGGUGAACGCAUCAAUCAGCUCAUCCGGCAGCUGAACUAAAC